UACAGCUGCACGUACGACGUACGAACACGCAAAUAGUGGCUGUACUUAGACAUGUGUUCUAACCGCGUACCAAAUGGUUUUUAUCACAUUUUAAGCAUACUGGUAAUUCCAGGCUUUGCAUAUUUCGUGGCAGAUCUUCUAAGUACACAAAUAGAAUAAAAUGUGCUUGUUUUAAAGUAAUGAGUACAGCGCACUAACCGAACUGUCAAAAAAUCAACAUGCAACGUUACUGUCUUCCAAAUCAGAGGUCAGGACAACGUGUCCGGCUAUGAACUGCACGCGCUCACUGCUGCUGGCCAGGGUCCUGGCUGCGCUGGCCCCUCGCAGUCCGGCUCCUCGUUCACCGUCCGCACUUCACACAGCCUCUGCUGGGCUCUUCAGAAGCAAGCAUGCCAGCCUUGGGCAGCGCGCGACGCGCUUGCCCUCCAGAUGCUUCCACUCCAGCGCAAGACGUCCAGACGCCAAACCUGCCCCCUCCUCUGAGCGCUCCAACCAGGAGGGGGAGUCGUCUCACACUGGCGCAGGCAAGACCUUGGUCACCUAUGAGGACCUGUUUGAACGGGCGGCCCGGGACUCCAGAACCAAGGCCACGUUCACCCGGGUCCUCGAGGUCUUCUGCAAGGAGGACGUGCGCCGGCGGGGUCACGUGGAGUUCAUCUACGCUGCCCUGAAGAAGAUGCCGGAGUUCGGAGUGGAGGGGGAUCUGUCCGUCUACAACAAGCUGCUGGACGUCUUCCCCAAGGAGGUGUUUGUGCCUCGCAACUACAUCCAGCGCAUGUUCAACCACUACCCCCGACAGCAGGAGUGUGGCGUGCAGCUGCUGGAGCACAUGGAGAACUACGGCGUCAUGCCCAACGUGGAGACGAAGGUCCUUCUCGUGCAGAUCUUCGGGGAGAAGGGUCACCCCAUGCGCAAGUACCAGCGGCUCAUGUACUGGUUCCCCCGCUUCAAGCACGUGAACCCCUACCCGGUCCCGAGAGAGCUGCCCCGGGACCCUGUGGACCUGGCGAGACUCAGUCUGCAGAGGAUAGCGGGAGACCUGGACGCCAGGGUCACGGUCUACGAGAUGCCCUCCACAGACCUCUCUGAAUGUGGUGAAGAUUCAUCUCAGCUCUAUGUCGUAGGGAUUCAGAGCCCCGAUCAGCAGACACUCUUGUCAAAGCACAACCCCGAGAGGCCCGUGUUUGUGGAAGGACCCUUUCCGCUGUGGCUGAGGAAGACCUGCGUCUAUUUCUACACACUCCGAGCUGACCCGCUGCCGCCCGAGGAAAAGGUUGAAGAGCCCGUCGACCCAGAGAGGAGCUUCUUUUAUCCUCUGGAGCUGGACUUGGACCUGGACCGGGACCUGGGAGACGACGAUGACUUUGACGUGGACGAAGUGGAGGAGGGCCCCGUGUUUGCUUUGUGCAUGGCCAGCUCUGGAGAUCAGGCGACCCUCAGCAAGUGGAUCUCCGGGCUCCAGGAAACAAACCCCAUCCUGGGCCGCACCCCCACCGUAUUCCGGCUGAAUUCCGGGCCCCGGGAGAUCCAGACUUCCUCCGAACCGGAGCGCAAGGAAGACCAGAACCUUUUACAAAGCCGGAAAAUGACACAAUGAUGGUGCGGGUCCAAAUAAAUAUUGAGGAUUAAACGACCGACAACGUUGGGAGUAUGGAGUAGAGAGUGUGACUGAACAUCAGCAGCACAUGCAGGGUUAUGCUUAUGCCACUCAGGACUCUAAAACACUGGUUUCACUGACAUCGAUUAGUCUUGGACCUCCUAAUGUUACCGAGGUAACGGAGCCCAAGGCUAGUGGAAAUCGGGGUCUGUGAAACCAGCCGACCUUUCGAUUUGUCCUCAUCUCUUUAAAGUUGCAGAUUUCAAGUUAUUUGUAACAUUUUAAAAAUCUUUUUAGGAGCUGAGAACAAUUAAAAAAAAAAGCAAAUUAUUAGUUCAAAUUAAGGGUUUAGUUAAGUAAUUGAGAGCUCAGUUGGAAUGAAAAUGUGAUUGUGAAUAACAUCUGUUUAACCCUUUAAGCUAGACAAGGCAUUGAACGCUUGUUCAAAACGGUUUCUUCUUCAAACACAUUUUGAGAGGGACUCGAGCAUCACAAGGAGGAAGCUGGCCAGUCGGAUGACCGGAUCCAACCUGCCUGUCUGUCAGUACAUUUUAAACCCUGUUUCGUGCACCGCAUUGCAAAAAAAUCAGAAAGUUAGUAUAAUUUUUAUUUAUUUGUGGGACACGUGUGUUCCCUUGUACCUUAAAGGGUUAAACUCUGAUUUGCAUAAUGUUUGUCGUGCAACAAGGGGGUUAAUUUGGAGCAAGGUGCAGUCGGUGAUGCCUUCAAAUCAGAUUUACUGUUCGAAAUCAAAACCAGCCUAGGACAGAUAGCAUGCAAUUGAUCAUGUAUGCUCAGGUUAGGUUUAUCUCAAUGCAUUGAAAUGUAAAAAAACAAAUGGGGCUUCACCCUUUUCAGAUCUUAAUCUCUUUGGAGUAAAUAAAAUCUGAACAAUC